AUGUUUCAAGGCAUCUCUGAUCUGGAAGAUGGUUCAUAUCAAUCAGAAGCAUUUGACGAAUUUCGUCUUGGUCUAAGAGACGAAUCGUACAACAAUGAAAAGUACUUGCAGAGAUCGUUGAUAAAUCUGAAAAAGAAAAGAUAUUCAGAAGUAAUUAAAGAUUGCACUUUUGCUUUGAUAAUUAAUCCCCAUGACAAUAAAGCUGCUUGGAGACGAGGGCUGGCAUACCUUCGGAUCGGUCAUCCAGAAUUAGCUAAUAGAGACUGGGAACAUGCUUUGGAUGCGGAUUCAGAAAAUAUAGCCAUACAAAAGGCUCUUACAAAGCUGCGGUCGUCCUACACAACAUGUGAUCGAAGCUAUACUACAUGGGACUUACGGCAUCCACGGGUAGCCGCUAGAGAACAAUUACCUGCUUUAUUACGAAAGAUGUAUCCAGACUUUAUUCGUGGCUUUUUUCUUUGGAAGCGAGCACAUACGGCCUGCUGUCUCUGCCGAUUUCGAUGUGAACGCCAAGGGGAAGAUCUCACUUUUUGUAGAGAGUCCCUCUACCGAACGAAUCAAAGAGUCUCCGAAGAGGCAUUGCAAAAGAGGGAACCGUUUAGCGAUAUUGAACAAGAGUUUAUGGAAAGAGAUCGUAGAAAGUCAGAAUACGUGAUGGAAAAGAUUCCUGAGGAACUCUAUCGUUCCAAAUAUCCAUGUCCUCAAAACAUCCAUCAAUUCUUGUAUAUGCUUAAAGUAAUGUCGACUCCUCAAAUAUACGUUGAAAUCUAUUCCAUGCCUCCGACCAGAGUCGUUCGAAUCUUUGGUACCUACGGACUUUCGCUAGAAUAUUUGAAUCUCUUUUUAAAAUCUAUUCACUAUACCGGGCUUCUCACCAGGUUUUGCUCCAAAUGGUGCAUCCAGGCCAGACGCCUUAUGCAAACGCUCAGUACCUUACCUUGGUUUUCGUUCCUCAUCAACCAUGCCAUGAGCACCACAAUCUUACAGAUAUUCUUACACCUUCCAGACGUUAAAGAAGAGGAGCUGCAGGUGUGGGGGGUCUCUGCUGAUUCUUCUGGGAGUUUGGAACAAGGACCAAACUCAGACAUGACUUUCUUUGAUUGCCUAGCAGACUUGUCUAUUACUUUACCAGCUUGA